CCCAUACUACACUCUGCUGCACACAAUCUGUGGGCUGUUCAAAAGUUGAAACAUAUUUUUGGAGUUGAUGCUGGUUCUGAAGAAGCAGUGACGUCUACUCUGGCUGAAUCUUUAAAACAAGCAACAUGAAAGGCUGCAUUUCAUUGGUGUUCUGUCUAGCAGCCAUCACUGCAUGGACAGAUGCAAAGCAGUUAUCCAUCACCACUAUAAAGGCUGAGCCUUUCACCAUGAGCAAAGGGUCUGAGUUGGAGGGCUACUGCAUGGACCUGAUUACUGAACUGUCAAAGCGGGUGGGCUUCACCUACGAUGUUCACAUCGUGAAGGACAACCGCUACGGAAGUAUGGAUGCCAGUGGGACCUGGCAUGGUAUGGUUGGUGAGGUCAUCAGAGGGGAGGCUGACCUGGCCGUGGCCCCUCUGACCAUGACUGCAGUCAGAGAACAGUACGUGGACAUGACCACGCCCUUCUUGCAAACAGGACUGGGCUUCAUUCUGCGUAAAGACCUGGCCAAUGAGGAGUCUACCUUCAGUCUGCUCUCACCGUUCACCACGGAAAUGUGGGUCGGCAUCCUGGUUUCCUUCCUGCUCACUGGUUUGGCCAUAUUCUUGGUGGGAAGGAUCAGUCCCACUGAAUGGGCUGAACCAGGGAAGGAGGAACACAGCUUCACUCUGCUGCACAGCUUCUGGUACAUCACAGGAGCUCUCACCCUGCAAGGCGCUGGUCCUCACCCUAAAGCCCUGUCUGGACGCGUAGUCAGCGCCAUCUGGUGGCUGUUUGCUGUACUGCUGCUGGCCUGCUACUUCGGCAACUUGAACUCCGUGUUGCACUCCAACACCAAACAGCUGUCCAUCAGCACCUUCGAAGACCUGGCCAAUCAGGACGUGAUCGACUAUGGCACGUUGGAGGGCGGAUCCACCAUGUUGUUCUUUAAGAAUUCCAAGAUCUCUCUGUUCCAACGUAUCUAUGACCACAUGGAGCGUAAGAAGAGCUUUGUGCCCAGUAUGGAAGAAGGUAUCCGUCGGGCCCAGAAUGGAAACUUUGCCUUUAUCGGUGAGGAAGCUUCUCUAGACCUGGCCGUGGCCCGUCACUGUAAUCUGGUCAGAUCACAGGAAGUCGUCAGUAUGAGAGGGUACGCCAUUGCAGCAAAGUUGGGUUCCCCACUGAUCAAAAACCUUACCGUGGCUAUCCUGGAGCUCAGUGAGUCUGGUUUCCUGAUUCAUCUAUGGCAGAAGUGGUGGGCCAGCAGCUGUUUGGGAGGCAACAACACACACUCCUCUGAGGCUCUGCAGCCUGGGGACCUGAGGGCCCUCUUCCUUCUUCUGGGCCUGGGUCUGGGUGUGGGCUUGCUGCUGGCUCUGCUGGAGCUCAUGUCCAAGGCACGCAGCAAAGCAAAGGAUGGAAAGAAGUCCUGCUGCUCCGUGCUGACAGCAGAGCUGAACCAGAGGUUUGGGAACAGAGGAGAGAGCACGGAGGAGGAGAACGCAGACAAAAGCAAAGCCUGAAGGAAAGUUCACAAUUCAUCUUUGAUGUAGUAGCUACAGUAUGAGAAACAUCUCUGAGCUUCAGUUCGGCACAUCACACACAUUGGCUGUGUAUGUAGUGACAGCCACACGCUGAGUGUUGUUGUUUCAGUAGAACCAAAUAUUAGCUAACCUUUUCACGAGCAAACAACAUACAGUAGAACUCCCUGUCAGACACACAGGACCUACAUUAAAGUAAUACAUACAGUAUUUGUCUUUUAAGGUUUUCUCCGUGUAACUGUUUUUAUAUUUUCUUUCAUAUCCUAAAUACAUUUUCCAAAAACUCGUGACUCGUAUUUCACUGUAAAAAUUGUCUUAGUCAAUUAUUUGUAUAUAUGCACACACACAUAUACAUAUAUAAACAUAUACGUAUAUAUGUGUGUAUAUGUUUGCGUGUGCGUACAACGAGAGAGAAUGAUGAUGACGUCAUUACGUACGGUAACUUGUCAACUAACCAUAACAAUGUGUAAAGCCUGUACAACACAACACAGUUUUUAGUACAGUGAGUGUUGCUGUUUUUCGCAUGUAUGACCACUUGGAGGUGCUGUCGGCUUUGUUUUAGUAUGAACCUUGUCUUUGUCGCUGUCCUUUCUUCGAUAGAGAACUGUAGUCGAAGUUUCAACAAAAUGAAUUAUUAAAGCCAUAAUUUGAUGAACAAUGAA